GUGCUGCAGCUCUGGAGAGGGGAUGGCGGCGGGCGGGAAGGACUGUAAUAUGGAUUUAGAACUCAAAGACCAAAAUGACACGACCGUUGCCAAGGAGAACACCUCUGCUACUACAAAAAGUUCUGAUUUUUCUGCCUGGGAAGAUUAUAAGAGCAGUGUAGAUGACGUACAGUACUUUCUGAUUGGGUUGUACACCUUUAUAAGUCUUGUUGGUCUUCUGGGAAAUCUGCUUAUUCUAAUGGCUUUAAUAAAACGCAAGCAGAAGACAGUAAUAAACAUUCUUAUUGGAAACUUGGCCUUUUCUGACAUUUUAGUUGUGCUGUUUUGCUCGCCUUUUACUUUGACGUCUGUCCUACUUGAUCAAUGGAUGUUUGGAGCAAUCAUGUGCCAUAUUAUGCCUUUCCUCCAAUGUGUGUCAGUUCUGGUUUCAACUUUAAUGUUAAUAUCUAUUGCUGUGGUUCGAUACCGUAUGAUAAAAGAACCCCUUUCUAGUAAUUUAACAGCAAGACAUGGAUAUUUCUUAAUAGCAACCAUCUGGGCUCUUGGUUGUGCCAUUUGCUCCCCUCUGCCAGUUUUCCACAAAAUUGUAGAUCUCCAUGAAUCCAUUAAUCUAGAGGGACUAGGCAACAGGCUUUUGUGUAUUGAGUCAUGGCCGUCUGAUUCAUACAGAAUCAGCUUCACUAUUUCUUUAUUAUUCAUGCAGUAUAUAUUACCCUUGGUUUGUUUAACUGUAAGUCAUACUAGUGUCUGCAGGAGUGUAAGUUCCAAACUGUCAAACAAGGAAAACAGAUUUGAAGAAAAUGAGAUGAUAAACCUCACACUUCAUCCACUUAAGAGUAGUGGACCCCAGGCACAGCUCUCCAGCAGUUCUGGAUGGAGUUACACAUUUGUCAGAAAACACCGAAGAAGGUAUAGUAAAAAGACUUCUAGUGUGAUGCCAGCUAUUUUAAGGCAUCAACAGAAUAAUAAUUCUGGAAACCUCCCCGAUACCUCUGGGACACAAAGAAGCCAGCUUUCUUCAAGUAAGUUCCUACCAGGGGUACCCAUCUGCUUUGAGAUGAAACCAGAAGAAAAUUCAGAUGCGCAGGAUGCAAUUACACUAUCCCGAUCCAUCACUCGAAUUAAGACAAGAUCUCGGCGGGUUUUCUGCAGACUGACAGCUCUGAUAUUAGUUUUUGCUGUCAGUUGGAUGCCUCUUCACCUUUUCCAUGUUGUGACUGAUUUUAAUGCCCAUCUCAUUUCUAAUAGGCAUUUUAAAUUAGUAUACUGUAUAUGUCACUUACUGGGCAUGAUGUCCUGCUGCCUGAAUCCCAUCUUAUAUGGAUUCCUCAACAACAGUAUAAAAGCUGAUUUGAUAUCUCUUAUUCCAUGCUUCCAAAUAUCAUGA